GGCCUGGUAUGCAGAUGAGCUAGAAUCAGUUGCAGGGCAAAGCCAGGGACUUGUGCCCGUACAUCAGCAACAUGAGGGCGGUAGCGACCUGGAUUGACAACGUACAGGACCGGGACAAGGUGGAACAAUGUAUAUACGACCUCGCGUUUAAACCAGAUGGAACUCAGCUUAUCGUUGCUGCUGGAAAUCGAGUUUUGGUUUACGACACAUCAGAUGGAAGUCUAAUUCAGCCUCUGAAAGGACAUAAGGAUUUAGUGUAUUGUGUGGCGUAUGCAAAAGAUGGUAAACGAUUUGCCUCCGGAUCUGCAGACAAGAGCGUUAUUAUUUGGACGUCCAAAUUAGAAGGAAUUCUAAAAUACACGCACAAUGACUCUAUACAAUGUGUCUCCUACAAUCCAGUUACCCACCAGCUGGCUUCCUGCUCGUCCAGUGACUUUGGUCUUUGGUCUCCAGAGCAGAAAUCUGUUUCCAAACAUAAAGUGAACAGCAAAAUCACCUGUUGCAGUUGGACAAAUGAUGGGCAGUAUCUUGCACUUGGUAUGUUCAAUGGCGUAGUGAGCAUACGGAACAAAAAUGGAGAGGAAAAAGUGAAAAUCGAGCGUCCUGGAGGAUCCUUGUCACCAGUGUGGUCCAUAUGCUGGAACCCAUCAAAGGAUGAACACAAUGACAUCCUGGCGGUGGCUGAUUGGGGACAAAAGUUAUCUUUUUAUCAGCUGAGUGGUAAACAGGUGGGGAAAGACAGAUCUCUAAACUGUGACCCUUGUUGCAUUAGUUACUUCUCCAAAGGUGAAUAUAUAGUGCUAGGUGGUUCGGAUAAGCAGGUGUCCCUAUACACAAAGGAUGGAGUGAGACUGGGAACUAUUGGGGAGCAGAACUCUUGGGUGUGGACGUGCAGAGUGAAACCCGAUUCUAACUAUGUGGUGAUUGGAUGUCAAGAUGGGACACUUGCCUUCUACCAGCUGAUAUUCAGCACCGUACAUGGCCUUUAUCAAGAUCGUUAUGCUUAUAGGGACAGCAUGACAGAUGUCAUUGUACAGCAUCUCAUCACUGAGCAAAAAGUUAGGAUUAAGUGCAGAGAGCUGGUGAAGAAAAUAGCGAUCUACAAAAACAGAUUGGCCAUUCAGAUGCCUGAGAGGAUCCUGGUCUAUGAGCUAUAUUCUGAUGACGCCUCAGACAUGCAUUACAGGGUCAAGGAAAAAAUCAGCAAGAAGUUUGAAUGCAGCUUGCUAGUGGUGUGUUCACAACAUAUCAUCCUAUGUCAGGAGAAGCGUCUGCAGUGUUUGUCCUUCAAAGGUGUAAAGGAGCGCGAAUGGAUGAUGGAGUCUCUGAUUCGUUACAUCAAGGUUAUCGGUGGGCCGCCAGGAAGAGAGGGGCUCCUUGUGGGCUUGAAAAAUGGGCAGAUCCUGAAGAUCUUCGUGGACAACCUGUUUGCCAUCACGCUUCUCAAGCAGACAACGUCCGUACGGUGCUUGGACAUGAGCGCUAGCCGUAACAAACUGGCUGUUGUAGACGAACACAACACUUGUCUGGUGUACGACCUCGCUACAAAGGAGAUGCUGUUCCAGGAGCCCAAUGCCAACAGUGUGGCGUGGAAUACGCAGUGCGAGGACAUGCUAUGCUUCUCUGGAGGGGGCUAUCUGAACAUUAAAGCCAGUAACUUCCCUGUGCACCAGCAGAAGCUGCAGGGCUUUGUCGUGGGCUACAACGGCUCCAAGAUAUUCUGUCUGCAUGUUUACUCCAUGUCUGCUGUGGAAGUGCCGCAGUCUGCUCCUAUGUAUCAGUACUUGGAGAGGAAGCUGUUCAAAGAAGCCUAUCAGAUCGCCUGCCUUGGUGUCACUGACCUCGACUGGAGGGAGCUGGCGAUGGAAGCCUUGGAAGGUCUGGAUUUUGAGACAGCUAAGAAGGCAUUUAUCCGUGUUCGGGAUCUCCGGUACUUGGAACUGAUCAACAGCAUCGAGGAGCGGAAGAAGCGAGGGGAUGCCAACGAUGAUCUGUUUUUGGCAGACGUCUAUGCCUACCAGGGCAAGUUCCAUGAGGCUGCAAAACUCUACAAGAAGGGGGGACAUGAGAGUCGGGCACUGGACAUGUACACAGAUCUCCGCAUGUUUGAGUUUGCCAAGGAUUUCCUUGGUUCUGGAGAUCCUAAAGACACGAAGACUCUAAUCACAAAACAGGCCGACUGGGCCAGAAACAUCAGAGAGCCAAAGACUGCAGCGGAGAUGUACCUGUCAGCUGGGGAACACAUGAAAGCCAUCGAGCUUAGCGGGGACCACGGCUGGGUAGAAAUGCUGAUUGAUAUAGCGCGGAAGCUCGAUAAGGCGGAGAGGGAGCCUUUGUCAAAGUGUGCUUUCUACUUCAAGAAACUGCAGCAUCAUGUAUAUGCUGCUGAGACCUACAAGAAGAUUGGAGAUAUGAAGGCUCUAAUACAGCUUCAUGUAGAAACGCAGCACUGGGAAGAGGCUUUUGCAAUGGUGGAAAAGUACCCAGAACAUAAGGACGAGGUUUACGUUCCAUAUGCACAGUGGCUCGCAGAGAAUGAUCGUUUUGAAGAAGCACAGAAAGCAUUCCACAAAGCUGGUCGUCAGGAUGAGGCAGUGCACGUGCUGGAGUUGCUUACCCAUAAUGCCGUGGUAGAGAGCAGGUUUAAUGAUGCAGCCUACUACUACUGGAUGCUGUCAAUGCAGUGCCUUGAUAUUGCUCAAGAUAACGAACAGAAGCAGGAUGCAAUGUUACAAAAGUUCCACCAAUUCCAGCACCUGGCAGAACUUUACCACGUGUACCACUCCAUCCAAAGAUAUACAGAUGAGCCCUUCAGCUCCCACAGCCCAGAAACCCUGUUCAAUAUCUCCAGAUUUCUGCUGCACAGUUUGACCAAGGAGAGCCCUCUGGGAAUAUCAAAAGUGAAAACAUUGUACACGCUUGCGAGACAGAGCAAGGCCCUGGGAGCACACAAACUCGCCCGACAUGUGUAUGAGAGGCUGCAGGGCUUAAAGAUUCCCAACAGGUUCCAGGAAUCUAUAGAACUUGGCAGCAUCACCAUUCGAUCAAAAUCUUUCCAUGAUAGUGAGGAGCUGGUUCCAAUGUGUUACAGAUGCUCCACUAACAACCCCUUCCUAAACAACCUUGGAAACGUGUGCAUCAACUGCAGGCAGCCAUUUGUCUUCUCUGCAUCAUCUUACGAGGUGCUGCCUUUGGUAGAGUUUUAUUUAGAUGGUGCAAUCUCAAACGAAGAGGCCGUGUCACUGAUUGACCUGGAAGCCCCGAGAAACAACACAAAGAAAGACAAAUGGCAAGAAAUUUCCACUUCUGACGCACAGACCCUGAGGCUGGAUGAGGAGGAAGAAACGAUGGAUGAUGACCCUUUCACUGCAAAAUUAAGUUUUGAGCAAGGAGGCUCAGAGUUUGUUCCUGUGGUUGUCACCCGCUCGGUUCUGAGGUCAAUGAGUAGAAGGGACGUAUUGAUCAAGCGUUGGCCGAAACCUAUAAAAUGGCAGUAUUUCCGCUCCUUGUUACCAAGUGUCUCUAUCACCAUGUGUCCGUCCUGCUUUCAGAUGUUCCAUACAGAAGACUACGAACUGCUUGUUCUGGAGCGCAACUGUUGCCCGUAUUGCAGGAGACCCAUUGAGGAGUCCAGUCAAUGAAAAAGAGUCCGAAAGGGAGGCCAUUACUACAUAGAGCACUUUCACUUAAAGGGACAUUAUACGCCACCAAAAUUUCUAUCAUGCAUAUAAAAGAGCACCAUUAAAAUAUGCUGAAAAUAUAUUUACCUUGAAAUUAAAAUUUAAACGGAUACAGGAAUGUCAGUUUUGUACUUCAAAUUAAUGUUCACUGGCUGACCAGGGCAACCCCAUCUCUAGAGGUAGAAAAGACGACGCUGCUUUCUCAUGACAGGAGCACAAAUUCACACCAAAAAAACCUAAUACGUUUUUAGAAUUCCCUUUUGAAUGAAAUGAGGAAAAUUGAUUAAAAUCUCCUUUAAAAACCUGUUUGUAAACAAAAAAUCAUUUAGUUAUUGUGAUAUUUAAUGGCCCCAAACCAGAGAGGUUAAUAAUCCAAUCUGUCUCGCUUGCUGUUUGGUUAUGAAAUAGGAAUUCCCAAGCAAGUUAGACGGUGUAUUUCCCCCAGGUCCAAACAGAUCUGAUUCUCACACAUUUGCGCAAACCUAAAUAAAAUGGUAACUGUAUUAGUUUAAUGUUGCAAAGUAAUUCUCUAAUGAUCAGCUUUGGGUUUAGCAGCUACUCCUGAGGGACGUUGCUCAAUAAGAUAUGCAUAGAACGUGCAAAUAGAGGUCUUUAGUGUCACGUUUAUGUUUAAUACAUUUGUUUAAAGUUAUUUCCAUAAAGAUGUUACCUGCACAGAAGUGUAUAGAGAAACUGAAAGAGCAAACACAGAAUUGUUUUGUAAUAUUUUUAUAUAUUAUAUUUUAAAUUAUUACAAACUGUUUCUUCUGCUGUUUAUACUUUUCAAUAAAGAUUUUAUACUUUUUAACAAUA